CAUUUCUCUUUUAUUUACACGCUAACAAGUACAAUGCCAGUCUUAUGUGCUGUAUAUGGCUGUGGUAACAAUUCCCAACGAGACAAGGAAUACAGCUUUUUCAGAAUUCCCAAAAUAAUUGAAAAUCAAGGGGAGAAAACGAGAGUGCUGUCGGAGGAAAGGCGGACUCAAUGGCUUGCGAACAUUAACAGAGCGGACCUAAACGAGCAAAAGUGCUCAUACUCACGAGUAUGUAGCAAACAUUUCGUCUCAAGGAAACCUGCUGACCUGUAUGCAUGUACUGACCCAGAUUGGGUGCCUACACAACAUCUUGGGCACAACAAAGUCAGGGCCUUGGACAUCAGCAUUGGACUGGCCCGCAAUGAUAGGUUGUCAGCAAGAAACAGCAUAAAGCGAAGAAAAAUUGAGGAAGAAGAUCAUUCAACAAACGUCAUUGAUCCACCUUGCCCACCUGUGUCACCGGAUGAACCAACUAAGUGUGAUGUAGGAUGCCAGACCGACAUGACGGGGGAGGAGAUUGACAGGAUGAAGUUUACCGUCAACUAUCUUUCUGAACAACAAGACCAACUCAAGACACAGCUCCUAGCACAUCAGUUACAUGAGGGUAGUUUUAGUAAUGGGGGGGAUGAUAAAGUUAGAUUUUUCACUGGUUUGCCAAAUUUUCUCAUAUUGAUGAAUGUAUUCCAGCUUGUUGUGUCUCAUGUUAAGUGUACGUCUCGCAAUGUAAUCUCUCCUUUUCAGCAGUUCAUUUUAGUUUUGAUGAGGCUCAGACUUGCUCUUUCUCUUCAAGAUCUGUCUUACCGUUUUGGUAUUUCUUUGUCCACAACAUGUAGAAUUUUUGACAAAUGGAUUUCUGUUAUGAAUAACCGUCUCAGUUUUCUUAUUCUUUGGCCACAACGUGAUGUACUUAGGAAAACCAUGCCCACAGUUUUUAAACAAAAUUUUGGUAACAAAGUAUCUGUUAUAAUUGAUUGUUUUGAAGUUUUCAUUGAACGCCCUUCCAGUCUGAUAGCACGUGCAAUGACCUGGUCCACUUACAAACACCACAAUACUGUAAAAUUUCUAAUUGGCAUUUCACCACAAGGUUGUAUAUCUUUUAUAUCUAAGGCCUGGGGGGGAAGGGUUAGCGAUAAGUAUUUAACUGAAAACUGUGGGAUUUUAAGAAAGUUAGAACCAGGGGAUAUUGUUUUAGCAGAUAGGGGGUUUACUAUAGCAGAUAGUGUAGCUUUUCAAGGGGCAAAACUGCAUAUACCAGCAUUUACCAAAGGCAAAAAACAACUGUCAGCAUCAGAAGUAGAAACUACCCGUAAGAUAGCUAAUGUAAGAAUACAUGUAGAGCGUGUUAUUGGUCUAGUUAGAAGGAAAUAUUCAGUUUUGCAGAGUACGUUACCCAUCCCCUUAGUAAAAUCUAAACCUGGUGAUGCUCUGGCACCCAUAGAUAAGAUUACCAGAGUGUGCUGUGCACUCACAAACUUGUCAGAUUCUGUUGUACCUUCCUAAUAGACAUAUAUGUGCACAGUUCUAUAAUGAUAUAACUAUAUUGUUAAAUACCAUGUAUUGUAUUAACAUUGCUUUGCAUCACAAUGCUUACUUAGUAGUAAAGAUAUACAAACAGGCCAGGUUAUGAAUAUGUAUCAUUGUAUGUAUCAAUAUUGCCAAACAUUGUUUUAACAAUUCUCACUUAACAUAUGUAACAUAUGCAAUGUUAUGUAUUGUAUCAACAUAGCUUAAACUCUACAAUAUUUAUAUAAAAAUAUAGUAGUGAAGAUAUAAAAACAGGCCAGGUUAUGAAUACAUAUGUAUCAAUAUUGCCAAACAUUGCUUUAACAAUUCUCACUUAACAUAUGUAAUAUAUACAAACAAUGUUAUGUAUUGUAUCAAUAUAGCUCAUGCUCUACAAUACUUAUAUUAUAGUAGUGAAGAUAUACAAACAGGCCAGGUUAUGAAUACAUAUGUAUCAAUAUUGCCAAACAUUGCUACAACAAUUCUCACAACAUAGGUAACAUAUACAACAAUGUUAUGUAUUGUAUCAAUGUAGCUUAUGCUCUACGAUACUUACAUGGAGUAGUGAAGAUAUACAAACAGGCCUUGGUGUGAAAUAUAUUUACACUAUUGUAUAUCAUAUUAUAUACUGUAUUGCAUCAAUAUUGCUGGGCAUUAUAAUACAUUAUAGUAUUAAGAGUAUAGAAAUAGGCCUGUUUUUUUAAAUAUAUGUACACUGUUUUAUAUAUUGUAUCAAUAUUGCUAUGCACUUCAAUACUUGCAUUAUAAUAGCAAAUAUAUACAAACAGGUCUGGUUCUGACAUAUAUGUACACAGUCUUAUAUUAUAUAUUGUAUCAAUAUUGCUAGGCAAUUUCUUACUUAGAAGUGAAGAUACAGAAAUAGGUCUGGUUCUGAAAUAUGUGUACACUUUUAUAUAUGCACAGAUGGUCUCCUGAGACCAGACUAACAAAGACCAUUAUAUAUCACUA